GCAGCCAGGAUGACGAGUAGAUUUCCGAUCGCUCUGCUCCCCAUCAUAGAUGAGAGCGGUGAGCUAGGCUAAGCUAACCUGUAGCUAACAUGAUUUGAUGGAAGACCACGAUGGAGCGGCGGCGGCGUAGUUUCAUCUCGGGGACUGAGUUGCAUUUAUAACCCAUCCUAGCUUUGCAAACGGGAGAGGAACGGCUUGAUAUGCAGUCAUGAAGCGGGUUCGCACUGAGCAGAUCCAGUACGCCGUGGCUCAGUACCUGAAGCGGAGGCAGUACGUGGACACGGAUGGCUCUCUGAAGGGAGCCAAGCUCUUCCAGUCUGCAGAGGAGAUGGCUGCCAGCCUCACAGUGCAGACAGAGUCGGGCUGUGCCAACAUCGUCUCUGCUGCACCCUGUCAGUCUGACCCGCAACAGUACGAGACCCAGUACUCCAGGCUGCGCUCCUUUCUCUCAGAAACGGACAUAUCCUGGGCGAAGGAGGUGAGCACCAUCCUCUACCCGCUCUUCGUCUACCUCCACCUGGACUUGGUGCACUGCGGCCUGAAGGGCGCAGUAGAUGGUUUCUACAGUCGUUUCCACGGCGCCUUUCUUCAGGACGGCGAGCAGCGCGCCACCAUAGAGCAGCUCCGCCACGUUCUCACUGCUCAGGACGUCGCCGCCAACCCCAAGUUGAGCGCCUUCCUGGAGCACAAGUACGUGGUUCACCUGACGGAGCCGGCCUACAGCUACCUGCUGCGUUACCUGCAGAGUGAGGACAACAGCGCCCUCUGCAGGACCCUGAGCACACACCUGCAGGUGGAGGUCACCGCCUCCAGGCGCACAGACUACCAGCUGUACGGAGCUGCUGGCGGGGCGACCGCCGCCCCGAACGCCACCUCCUCCUGGGCGGGGGUGGACGGGGCGGAGGGCGGGGAGGGGGUGGAGGUCCCUGCAGGGAUCCCGCAGAACGAAGCGGCCCUGGAGACUCUGCAGGACUGCAUCAAGAAAGUCAGAGAGGGCCCCCCCACGCUCACCACCGUGUGUUUCUACGCCUUCCACCACACGGAGCAGAUGCUGAACACCGCAGAGGUGUCGUCCGACAGUCGGCUGCUGGCCGCCGGCUUUGACAGCUCGACGGUGAAACUGUGGAGCCUCAGAGCCAGAAAACUGAAGGCCAAACCGCAUCAGGCUGACGUGUCGCUCAUCCACCUGGCCUGUGACGUACUGGAGGAGGAAGCGGAUGAAGAAGACGGCUCCGGCAGCGAGAUAAAGACGCUGCGAGGUCACAGCGGCCCGGUGUUUCGUACCGCCUUCCUGACGGACAGCUCCGGCCUGCUCUCCUGCUCCGAGGACACGACCAUCCGCUACUGGGACCUGGGCAGCUUCACCAACACGGCGCUCUACCACGGCCACGCCUACCCGGUGUGGGACGUGGACGUCAGCCCCUGCAGCCUUUACUUCGCCAGCGGCUCCCACGACCGCACUGCCCGCCUCUGGACGUUCUCCCGCACCUACCCGCUGCGGCUCUACGCCGGGCACCUCGCCGACGUCGACUGUGUCAAAUUCCACCCCAACUCCAACUACCUGGCCACCGGCUCCACCGACAAGACUGUCCGUCUGUGGAGCACCCAGCAGGGGGCGUCGGUCCGCCUCUUCACCGGCCACCGAGGCCCCGUGCUGUCGCUGGCUUUUUCACCCAACGGGAAGUACCUGGCAUCCGCCGGCGAGGACCAGAGGGUGAAGCUGUGGGACUUGGCGUCGGGGACGUUGUUCAAAGACCUGCGAGGACACACGGACAGCGUCACCAGCCUGUCCUUCAGCCCGGACAGCAGCCUGGUGGCGUCGUCGUCUAUAGACAACUCGGUCCGGGUGUGGGACAUCCGGAACUCCCAUGGCGCGACGCCAGCCGACGGCUCGUCCGGGGAACUGGUGGGGCUUUAUACUGGAAACACCAGCAACGUGCUGAACGUCCAGUUCAUGGCCUGCAACCUGCUGCUGGUGACGGGAACCGCACCGGAGAAAGCAGAACCCUAACAACAGCUGUCUGUGUUUUGUGUUGACGUUUGGGAGAAACGCUUGAAUGUCUCCAGAUGUUUGUUUGACACCAAUUUUCUUCCAACCACUGAGAGGUUAAAGGUCACGACCUGCACAGGAGUCAGAUUUUUGUUUUAGUUCUUGGCAUAUAAAAGUCUCUAUUUUCCUUUUUACAAACUGGCUUAGCUUUUCAGUUCUAGAUAAAUUCUCAUUUGUCCUUUAUGGUAUUGAAUAAUUACCAAAGCGUCGUCACUAGAUGUCAGUAUUAAAUAAUUCCUCAGUGUGAAGUUCUGGGUCCGGUGCCUCGGUGGUCGAAAAACUGUUUACUCUGCUGUCAUGCACAAGUUUUAUUUUCCAUAACAGCAGUAUGUGACUGUUAGAAAAUAUUUUUUCUUGUUGAAUAAAAAAAAAAAAAAAUUUUGAUUCUGCAAAAAUCAGUUUUACCCAAAUAGGAGAUGAAAAAUGUUUCUUUACUGAAGUAAGAAAAAUAACAGAACAGACAGUUACAUGGUUUUGUUGCACUGAUGAGUAUUAUGGGAUGCACUGUUUCCUGGUGUUCAGAAUAUUAGGAGAACCCUCUGCAGUACACUGAGCAGCACCUCCUUUAACCACAAUGUGUGAAUGACAGACCGACGUUUAGACGUCAUUUUAAUCUCCAGGAUGUGUUUAGCCUAGCUUAGCACAAAUACUGGAAGCAGUGGAAAACUGCUAGCCCAGCUCCAUCACGAAUGAGAAAAAAUAUAUAUAUAAACCCCUUCAAAUAACUCUGAAACAAUCUUAUUUCCAUACUCGUGUUGUGUAGCUAAACAUGUUGGCAGGGCUGAGCAUCAUUUGAGACCUGCGUUUUACUCCCAAAGUACCAACACAAAUCUUUAAUAUUUAAUUACUUUGAGGUAUAUAAGGGGUUUCAGUAGAAAAUUUGUUUUGUUUUUUUAAAAUGAUGACGCAACAGACGUACAAGAACUUUGCCCAAAUUAAACUCUUUAACCAUUUAAAAUGAAUCAAUAACUGUCUUAAAUAAACACAAAUCUGACCAGGAAUUUAAUGCUGGCUUUGUGCACCUGAUAAAAAAAUAUAAAGAGCUGAAUGUCAGGAGCUUAUGGGAAAAGGUGUCUGGUUAAAGGCUGCUAUAAAAAACCAAAACGACAACAUUAGAUCGUUUAUGUUCAGGGUGAAUUUUUAGUGAUUAGAGUCAUUUUAUUUUGAAGGACUACUGGAACAAAAGCAGGACUUUUUGGGUUUUACUUUGGCUUUCUAGUAAUGUUUGAUAACCUAUUCUGACUCGGGGAAAGACAACAUGAUUGAGAUGCAUCGAUCAAGUCAAACAACAGCUUCCACCUGAUCAAUCAUUUGUAUACAGAGAAUAGGAUCCUAAAUACUCAAUUGCGUUGCUAUCGUUGGACAAAUUCACAUUUACAGGAAGAAAACUUUCAGAAAUGAAGAAUCUUUGUUUUGCAUUUAUGCUCUUGGAGUUUAGAGACUGUAUUAAGAGGUUUUGAAGGUUCUCAAAGUUAACUUUAAAACACCAAAACAGGAAGUUGUUGUUUCUUCUCUCGUGGUUCGUCUCAGAGUCGGCCGACUUUAGGUUUUGAGUAAAAAAAAAAAAAAGCAAUAGCCUUUUUGAAGACAUUUCUAAGAAUCAAAGGCUGUAUUUGUGGCACUUUUCUGCGAGUGCCACGAACGGUGCAAUGUUUAAAAACUGUAUAUAAACUGUAUUUUUGUAAUAUUUUGGCUACCAAGAGUUAACAUCCAGGUUUAGCCUAACGAGGGCUAAAAAAUACUGACCAGGAAACUGAUAUCAUACAUUUAAAGUGUGAUUGUAUUUUUAUUUUAUAUAUAUAUAUAUAGUUGUUUUGCAUAUUUCAUUCUUAAAUCCAACCUGGAAGUUGUCCUUUAUGUUUGUCAAUAACCUUUUGUUCCCUCCUGCA